AUGGCGUCUCGACUACCUACUCUUUCCACUCCCGGACGAAUGUCCAGUCCUUCCACUGGCAUUCCUACUUCUACAGGCCGACGACCACGAUCAUCUCUAGGACCCGGUCAUGUACCUACAUCUUCAACGUCGGAUGAGGUAAUGGAUAAAGCUUUACAAGAUGUCCUGCGAGUCCGUCCACCAAGUAGCCUUCGUACAGGUGAAGAUCCUUCGUCACCUUCUCUACUGGGUGCUUCGACUAGCUUAGCCGCCCCUCGAACACCCGGUAUUCGUCCGAAAACUCCUGCAGGUCUAGGUUUAGGUGCACCAGUGACACCUUCCGCAUCAAGAAGUGUAUCUAGAGCAGGUCGACCUUCCUUAUCAGCAUCAAGCACCAAUCCUUUCACUCCUCGAAGAACUUCCAUGGCCUCAUCGACAACAUCGACAACGCCUUUUGCCAGAAGAUCAGAAUCAAGACUCUCUAAUGCUCACGACACACCAAAAUGGGUUCCAGCGGUUGGAGAAAGAGUGAGGAUCAACUCAAUGGGAUAUGAAGGAACUCUGAGAUUUUUAGGUCCGACUGAAUUCAAAGAAGGUCUAUGGGCAGGUGUAGAGCUGGAAGGUGGUUUUGCUGGAAAAGGUAAAAAUGACGGAACUGUAGAUGGUACCUCCUAUUUCAUCUGCCCACCGCUGUGUGGGAUAUUUGUGAUCGCUUCUAAACUCUCACCUCCGACUGCGGGCCCAUCGCGACCUGCAUCGGUCGCAUCGUCUCAUCGUUCCCUUGCAUCCUCAUCAGCAUCGUAUUCACUACAUGGUCGAGCAACGCCAUCGGGUCGAGCCACGCCUUCCUUUGAGCGUUCACUGCAAGGAUCAUCUACUACACCCGCAAGAGGUAGCCGAGCUGUGUCGGCUUCUUUUAGACGUGCUCCGAUUGCAGACGAUGAUGAACCACUACCAACACGCACUGCUCUCGGAACUAGUACCAUUGACAACACAAGUAUGGGGGACAAAAUCACAGCUGGAUCAAGAGCGAGUCGGUAUGUUGGAAUGACGGCUAAACAACUUGACUCCGCACGAGCAGGAUCUCUCCAUGCUUCCGUCAAGGGUCUCGGUGCCAGCACCACAACACCUAAACCGUCGAGGAUAUCGAUGGGAGGUAUCACCCCAGCUCGAUCUGGGAGACAAAGUAUAGGAGGAUCUUUGGUCACUCCUAGACCAAACAGAGGUCCUAGAGCGAGUAACAUACAUGACAUGCCACCACCACCGAGUCCAAGCAACAUCAACCGAGUGGUCGCAGCGCGCCAGGCGGAAGCUCUGGAAGAGGAGAUCAGGGAAUUAAAAAAGAGGAAUGCUGAGCUGGAGGAAGAGGUUAGGAAUGUCUCAGAGACAACAAACGAUUCGACACAACUGGAUGAAUUACACCUUCAAAUGUCACAAGCUACAGAAGAGAUCGAUUCUCUUAGAAGUCAAUUGGCGGACGCUAAUGAUGCAUCAAGACUGGCAGAAGAGCUUCAGACUCAGCACGUAACUUCACAAGAAGAGCUGGCUGCCAAAGAACAGGUUCUGAAUGAGUUGAAGAAGGAAAUGAAGUUGAUUUCCGAAAGAAACGAAGCCGAGUUAUCUGCCGGGAUGGAAUCUAAGAAAGAGGAGGUCAGAAAGAUGACAGAGAGGGCUGAGGCUGCUGAAUCUGAAGCGUCAGAAAUGAAAGCUCUGGUAGAUGAGCUGACCAAUGCUGGACAGCAAAUGAUCUCCCUCAAUGAAACCAAACAGUACGAGCUUGAAGAGCGAGUGCGAGAACUGGAGGAUCGAAAUCGACUUCUGGAGGAAAAAUUGCAAAAAGCGAGAGAAGAACAAGAAAAAGCCUUGCUGCCGCCCUCACCUUCCACUCGCCAAAGAGAAGCCGCCACAGCCGCUGAGAUAGACAACGAGACUCUGAAUGCACAGGUGAAACACCAGUUGAACAAGAUAUCUUUGUUGGAGGAAGAAUUGGAAGACCUGCGUGUACAAGCGGAGAGUGAAACUGAAGCUUGGAAAUCGAAGGUCGCCCGGGCUAAAGAUGCCGAGAAAGCAACUCACGAUCAAAUGGGUGGAUUGAGGGAGGACAUCAGAAAGCUCAAUGGACAGUUGCAAGGAGCAAAAUCAAGAGUGAACGAAUUGGAAGGAGCUCUGAAGGAAAACCAAUCAGCUUUGGAAGGUGCAAGGGCCGAGAUCGAAGGUCUCAGAGGCGAAGCAGCUGAGGCUGCAUCGAUGCGUUCUGCACUCCAGACAGCUACAGUGAAUGAAAAAGCUCUUUCAGCGGCUCAAGAGGAACUCGAAGCUCUCAAAAACAAGCUUGCCGCUGCUAGCAGUUUUCAGACACAGCUUCAGACUAGUCAGACUAAGCUCGCCGAGAUGGAGAGCAGAGCCGAAGGUGCUGAACAGAAAGUCAUCGAGGUGGUGGAACGUCUUAAUGAUACUGAAGGUGUAAAAACCGAUCUAGAAGCUAAGAUUGGUAAGCUUGAAGGAGAAAUCACGUCGCUGAGAUCAUCAUCUGUCUCAUCUCUUGACAAUAAUCUUCCACAAGAGCGAAGAUCUCGGCUGUCUACCGGAUCAACCGAAGAUGCUGAUAAGAAGAUCAGAGGAUUCCAGCACAUCAUUCAAGAGCUGUCUGCCGAGAACUCGGAGCUGAAGGAACAAUUGGACAGCUUGAAGGAAGAAGUUGGUCUACUGAGAGAAGAGGUCAAAUUGCUCGAAGACGGAGCUGCGGAUGGAUCUCCAGGUCCCAGGACCGUCGCGGAACAAAAAGAAUUGCAGGAUGCACGUAUAUCUAUUAAAGAGCUCAAUCGAGAAGUAGCUGAGUUAGAAUCGUUGAUUGAAGCCAAAAUCUAUCGCGAAGACGAGCUGGAGACACGAGCAACCUCCCUUGAAAGAGAGAUACAGCGACUACGCGCUGUUUCUUCAUCCACGGGAACCAAGCUGUCGAACGGACCAAGCGAAUCAGCAGUCUCUCACAGCAGAACUUCAAGCACAGCCACCGCUGCUACUCCUGGAUUUGGCUCAGACGAUAGAUGCGAGUUAUGUGAAGGACCUCAUGAUUUGGAUGCUUGUCCUGUAUUUGCCGGGAAUAUGAUGGGAGACGAUCCUUCCCUCGCAAAGAAGAAUGUGAAUCGUGGUAAAUGGUGUGCAGAUUGUGAGAGUAACGAACAUAAUACCGUCGACUGUCCAAUGGCCGAAGAUGUUUUCUAG